ACUGUGUCAGUUAUCCAAUCAACCUUCUCUUGGGAUCUACAAAAGACUUCUCUGUUUUAAUUGGGUGAUUCAUUUCCCUUACGAGGCAAAACCUGAUAAAAGUCUCCUCAUUUUCUUGUGGAUUAUUUGGAUUUCAAAGAAAAGGCUAAAUUUCACCCGACUGUGUUCGAGCCAAUUGAUGUUAUACCUGCAAAGUUAAAUGUUUUGUCGUGUUGCUAUGCUCCUGGAGAUGAACCAGAUAUUGCUAGUGCUACGUUGAUGAACUGUCUUGUUGUCCUUUAUCGACCUUUGCAUCGUGGUUUGUUCCGUCCAUAUGCUACUCUUUUGUGUCAAGUUUUAUUUUCCUAUUUUACGAGAUACAGCAAGUCGUCUGCCUUGGUUGAGGAAAUUUACAAACUUCAGAUGUCGCUGGUAUCAAAACAGCCCGAUUUAAUUCAGUAUGUGCUGGACUUUGCAAUGUCCACUGCAGCGUACGAUCCUGAAAGUGAUCUAGCUUCACAAAUACUGCGUUCUCUUAACGAGUACAUUAUAUCGUUGCCAUUUCCAAAACAAAUGAGGAAUAUUGAAAGUUUUUUGAAGGGGUUCGAGUAUUCUAUGAGAUUCAAAGAAAUUUCACCAGAGGGGACCAUAAAGUACAUUAGGGAAUUGGCUAUCAGUAAAGACAUACAUAAGUGCCGCCAGACCUGGUCGAUUGGGCAUGCAAUACUUCAUGUUUGUAAGAGUAUAUUACAGUAUCACGAUACUGCUACAAUUAUCGCAGAACUUGGGGAUUGUCUUCUUACUAUAUAUUUGACAAAUCUUGGUGUUGAUAUCUGUGACAGGGCAAUGCUUUAUUAUACACUUCUGACCACCGUGUCUGCAAAAAAGUGUGCAAAGCUAUUAGCCGAAUCUUCAAAUGUACAACUAGAUAAAAGUUUGCUUUCUUCAGAGAGAUCUGACCUCGACAACUCCAGCGCUUCGUUGGGUAUACCAAUAGCAAGGAUAAACGAACCAUUUUUAAAGCUCACCAGGGCUGGACCUAUACGUUGGUGUGAAUGCUCUCCUGAAAAUAUGGAUAACUCAACGGAAAGAUUUAAGCACGGAUCAAGAGAAUAUAUGUUGUCGUAUUUGAAACGACUGCACACCGAAGCCGAGUACAUGUCCAUCGUCGUACCUUAUUAUAUUCAUUAUACUAGAGAACCGAACGAAAAAAUACCUGAAAAUAUUUUUGCUGCGGUUGUUCAGAUUCAUACAUCAAGCAAAUACAAAAAAAUACCAGAUAUUCAUGUUCCUUUCUUGUCGUUUAAAAAAUCAUAUGAACCAAAGGAAGGCUGUAUCCUCGUCGACAUUAAGUUCUAUCCAAACGAAUCGUUACCGUCUUCAUUCGAUGUCAGAAUUAUCUUCAACGAUGCUGACGGCUGUUCGUACUUGAUGGAGUUAUCGCCAAUUAUCCUUGAGUUUCAUGACAUUUUUGUCCCUUUAAACGUUUCUUUAAAACGUUUUGGUGGUGUCCAUUUCAUGUCAGAAAGUAAAAUAUUUAAGACGUUUUGGCGGAUUAUAGAAGAACAGCAGUACUCAAGAAAAUCCCUAGAAUGCUCUGGUGCAAAUUCAAUCGUUCAUUUGAACAUUGACAAAGAAAAAGUAGACGCCAUGUUGGAACGUUUAAAGGAUUACACGAUCAAGAAAAGUAAUUCUAAAGCAUAUGUUGCUGUAUUUUUACCUCCACAUAAUCACUUUCUUUUACGCUUUCAAUUGCAUCCUUCACAUGCAAUUGUGCAUGUUGCUACGGACAGGUGGCAGGUCUUGGCUUGUCUGUCAAAAUAUUUGAAAUAUGGAAGAACUUUACAGUCUUAGGAUGGUGCCAUUUCUUAGUUUUAAAAGACAUCUUCCUCAGGAUUAUGUUGAUGAUUUUUAUAGUAAAUGAGGGUUUGUUUGGGAAGAUUAAUUACUGGGGUUGAGUCAAUAGGAUAUAUUACAUGAAUUAUGGUAGAUAAUUAAAAAGGAUAUAUGACAUUGGUAGAUGUUAUUGAUAGCAUUGAUGAGCAUUAUUAAUAAGAUUGAAAGCACAAAUUGUACUGACAACAUUAGUAGAUAUUGUCAAUACAUUGGUGGGUUCAUGAAUAAUGUUGGUAGAUGUUAUCAAUAACAUUGCUGGGUGUCAUCAGUACAUUGGUGGGUGUUAUCAAUACAUUGGUGGGUGAUAUUAAUAUAUUGGUGGGUGUUAUCAAUAUAUUGGUGGGUGUUAUCAAUAAUGUUGAUAAUCAAUAACAUUGGUUGUAUAAAUUAUAGUGGUUUUACAAUGAUCAAUAACAUUGAUAGAUUUUAUUUAUAACAUUGGUUGUAUAAAUUAUAUUGGGUUUUAUGUUAAUUUAUUGAUGAAGUCUGAACAAUGAUUUUCAAUGAAAAAUGAGGACACAUUUCACUGAAUUCAGCUGGCUGAAUAAGUAAAAUUUCAAUGACACACAGAUUAUGUAAAGUAUUGUAAUUUUAGCAGAAAUAUGUUUAAUAAAAGACUGCGGACAUUAUAAAAGUAA